AUGGUUAGAGGGGGCGCCGCCGGCAGUGCCGGAGCCGCUGGCCAUCGCAUUCGCCGCCACCACCGGCGACGGUGA